AUGUGGCUUCCUCAAUAUUUGCUCGUCUUCGUCUCCAUUAGCCAGCUCAUAAGCGACACCCACGCGUCCCUCGAAGAUACCGCCAGAUCAAGAUUUUGGCUUCCAGAUACGGUCAAGGGUACAUUCGCCGGGCGAGCGGCCAGAUUUGAGCCCGCAUCAUCUUCGACCUGCGGAUGUUUCGGCCCAUGCCGCCGCCCAGCUCCUAUGGAUUCGCACCAAAAAGAAAUCGCAUACUUCCACCAGCAAUGGAACCUUGCGCACGACAAGAAUAAGAUUCAUGUUGUCAACGAUGCGGUGAACCACAUUCUUCGCCAACCCAUGACUGACGAACAGCAAGAGAAUUGGUGCCGAGAACUCGGCAAUGUUGUGAAUGCACAGCAUAACUUCGCAGCGGUCCAUGCUUCAAUCAUCUUUGCCGUUAACACUCUCAUUCUGAAGAAUCGCGACAAUCAGCCUUUGACGGCGACACUCGACCCGAUCCUGGUGGAAAUUUUGAGAAAAUUACCCCGUCCGAAUGAACCAAAGGGCCAAUGGCUACAGGAACUCUUCAACCCCCAGCGUGGUUUCAGUACGGAAUUUUCCGAAUGGACCGACCCACUCUUUAACCAGUUAAACCUGGAACCGAGGUUGGGAGAACUAGCAAAGGCGUUGAACAACGACAACAAACAUUCUAUCAACAAGCAUUUGGAAGCGGUCAUCGAAGAAAUAUUCAAGGAUCCACCUCCGAAAGAUGUAUCUGCUCAGACUAGAGUAGCCGCCCUGGCUGUGCUCUUUCAUGUGCUGAAAAGACAGGACGCGAAUCAAGAGAUGGCCGGUAACCUCGUCAGACGCAUCAUAUUAAACCCCGAGUUAUUUUACGUAAGACAAUAUGAAAAAACACUCCUACAACAUAUGAGAGGCCAGUUCCCCAUGUCACAAGAUCAAGAUCAUAUACCUGGUUUUUUUGAAAAUAUGUGA